UUGCUGUUCUGCGCGUGCGCGCGCCCCAGCAGCGCGGGGGCGGGGGCGGGGGCGGGGAGUGUCUCACGCGCUCCGGGCGGCGGCCGAGCGGUCUGGGCCGUGCGGCGGUGGCCCAGGAGGCGGCGGGACGGUCAGGGCAGGCGUGAGAGCCCUCGGAACAGCCCGGCAGGAAGAGGCUUGCAAGGCUGGAUUCGGUCAUCUAGUUUGUGGGUCACAGUGUUCUGAGAAGGGGUAUCGUGUCCCAAGUGCCAGCUGUUUAACAGUAAUGCCCCCUGGAUCGUGCCUGGUAUGUAUGUUCCAUUCACUGGUGAUUACCUGGAGAUUUUAAGAAAUUGUUUUAAAUUUCCAUCUUGUCUGGAAAUGUCUGGGGUUGGUAUGGUCUAGUAGUCUUUUCCACUCUAACCUGUGUCCUGAGCUGGGAGGGGCACAGCAGGCUUUUCUCCUGCACUUCUGGACAAAAUACUUACGUUUCAGCUCUGCUCAGCCUCUUCCUGUCCUGCUCCCUGUUUACCUCCAGAAGGCACCAGUGUUAGGAAGAUUGUAUGUUAGAAGGCAUUUUUUUGUUCUCUGAAGCCUCUUUCUCUAGGAAGUUGUAAUUAUUAUUACCUGGUGUCAGAUUCUGUUUUCUCUUAGGAACUGGUGAGCCAAAGGAUGUUGGGGCUGGAACAGAGGAGGCAGGAGAAGAGGAAAGCAGGGUGACUUUGCCUGGUGGAGCUGGCUGCAGAAGAGCGUAGGCUGAGGUAGAGCCACAGUCUGGGUCUGUGGAGCACGUCCGAGCACAGAAGCACGUGGUUUGCUGCCGAAUGCCCUGCUCUGCAGGUCUGGCGUUCUUUCUCCGAGGUGGACCGGCUGGAGGUUGUGAACAGUUUGUGCGUGGCGUUCCUGCUCCUGGACGGCAUCUGAGGGCCACGAAGCCGCCCCGAUUGCCUCCUGCCACCUGGGUCCUUGUGUUCAGGAGAAGCACUGUGAGCAGGCCAUUGAAAGGCUCGUCAGAGGCCUGGCAACUUGACAUGGAGGCCUUGAGAGGAAGACACAGGUCCUGCAGCCCAGCGAGAAGGCGACCGUGCCGGACCGUGGCCCACCACGAGGCUGGGUGUGCAGUGAUUGUGCAGUUUGGGAUGAGCGAAAAGCCGGACCACGUGUCCUUCGACUUUCCCCGACCAGGCGAGAUGCUGGUGGAGAAGCCGGCUAGUGAGGCCGCCGCCCAGCUCACUGAGGAGGGGGUGCGGUGCCUGUCGGCUCCCCCUGUGAGCAGGUCCCGGCCGCUGACCGGCUGCUGAGAGCAGGUGGAGGAGGCGGGCAAGCGGCUGCCGGAGAAGGGCAGACAUGGUGAGUUGCUGGGGCGCCGGCCCUUUGCGGAGAAGCCUGCCUACAAGGAGUUUGUGAAAGGCGCCAGCAGCCUGGAGGAGGACACCUCCCUUCCUGAGGGGCUGACGGCCUGGAACCAGGGGCGGGAGGAGGGGGCUGCAAAGCGCUGCGUGCAAGAGAGCCCAGCUUAGCAACCCUGGCUUUGAAAGCUGCUGCCAGCAUCACUGGGAAACACCUUAAAACCUGAUAAGGGCAAACGAGCAUUUUGGAUACCUAGAGGAUGGGGUCCCGAGUCAGAGGGGCGGGCCGUGAGCCGUAACUCCCCUGCCCCACAGGAAGCAGAAGGCACGCCUCUUCCUGGUGGAGCCUUGAGUUUAGACCUUCAUGGGCCUCCCUUGAGGGGUGGGGGGUGAUGGGUGGAUUUGGUGGGGACAGGUGUGAGUGCUGGUGUCCUUAAUCGCCCCAAGGAGCAGAGGCUUUUGGCUCAGUUCGGAAAUUUCACGGUUUAGUGAAGUGGCAGAAUUAAGGGAAAAAGCAGCCAGUUACCAAGGGAAAGUGUUGGGUUUGGGUUGGUGGAAGGCCUGCCAGUGGUUCUGAAGGAAACGCCACACUUCCCACAGGUGCGUGGUUGGGGGGAGGGUCGUGGAGCCAUGGGGGGCCCCGAAGCCCACCCCGCCCCCGGCACCUGGGUGCUGCUCUGAGCUCUCGGGAGGCAGUCUCUCCGCCGAGGCCAGCACCCAUUCUCAGGGCAGACAGCUUUACUGACCAGGGUGUGUCUGGAUUGAAGGCCCUUCUCCAGCUGGCCGUGUUCCCUGUGACCCCCUUUUGUUAGAAUCACAGAGAGGGAGGGUCUGGACCGAGCUGGGGACCUGUGGGUUGUGUGCAGAGACUCCUGCUGUCGCUGCCCCCGGUAACCCUCUUCCUGGUGUUUGGGCGGCUGCCAGACGAGAGGAAGGCCAAUUCUGGCUUGUGAGCUCUAGGCCUCUGUUGCCUUAGAUUGUCUGGUUGGUCUGAGAGCGCGGCAAGGGCCCAGCCCGGGGAGCUGGGGUCAGGACUGGAAGCCUGGGGUCAGUGGCAGCAUCCCUGCUUGCCUCCCAGAGUCCUCGGCACCGCGACAGGAAAGGGGUGUCAGCCGCUGCCUCUCAGGGGGCGGGUGGAUGUCUGGGACCCCCGUGACACCUGCUUGCCUCCCAGCUGUUGCUCACGGCACCCCGGGGGUGGGGGUGGGGCGUCUCCACUUGCCACACGUGAUCUCUGUUCUCUGCUUGGUCAAGACCAGACGCUGGGAUUUGGUUUAAAAAUUUCCGAAUCAUUUGUUGUGUUUGCUUCAAAAAUAGAAUUUCCAAGUUGGGACAGGCA